GGCUUAUGCACAAGGCUUUUCCUACCAAAAGGUAAUUAUUACGAAAACGUGCUUCAGAUAAGUAGACUCUGCUAUAAUCUAGAAACGUAUAAGAUGCUUGUAUUGGCAUAAUUUCCAUAAGAGUUUGUACAGUUAAAAAAAAAUAGAGUGCGCGGAUAAUUUUAUUUAAGAUUAAUUUGGUUGUCGUCUUGAAUUGAUGGCAGGGAGAAGAUCAAGUUCCAUUGGCUGCAAAUCAAUCAUUAACCGGAGGACAUCACUGUUUGUUAACAAUUAUGACCCAAUAAAGUACCUAGAUGUUCAACAAUUGCCAAAAUGGUCUGCUGUGUAGGUGACCAUCUUGUCCUGGACAUUAAUGCCCAAAUCGCUCUAUUCAGGGACCUUUUGGUAGCCAUCGGUCAGGCAAGAGAUUGUCCGGAACACAGGGAACGAAUCCGGAAAUUACGGAGAAAUUGCGUCGAGGCAUGCAAAACGACAUGUCAGCUUAUUUUACCACAUAUACAAAGUGCUAUGGAUGAAGGAAUACCAGCCGAUAACCAAAACCUAGUCAUGCUCUAUUUUAUGGCCCAGUUAUUUCUAAGGGAGCUAAGGAAAUCACAUAGGCUUAUUCAGAUAGUACCCAUGGACAUGUCUGGGUAUUAUGAUAACAGAGCCGGCCCCUCGAAUUUAGGUAACGUGAUUAGCCAAAUUUUGUUGUGUAAACAAAUAACUCCAGAUUUCAACCAUGAGGAGUUAUGUAGUAUUCUCAAAGAUUCUGAAGAAAUAACAAAGAUUCUCAAAGAUAUUGGUGAAUAUAUGCCUAAACAAGAAAAUAACUUAGAAAAACCAUCAGCCUUGAAUGAAGACAUCUCAAACCAGUGGACCAAAAAACAAAGAAAUUUCAUCUACAAACAUAUGGAUCUGCUUUGUUGCGCAGCUCAGCCAAAUUACCUAUGACGAAAGCCCUCUAGGUCUUCUAAAGAAGAGAAAAGGGUCGUAAGAAAAGAAAGUAUUCAGUAUUAGAAAAUUGAAAAUACUGCGUCCACAACACAAUUUGUAAACAAAGUGCAAGCCUUUCUUUAUGAAAAAAGUCAAUAACAUUUUAAUAUGGGUCCAUUUGUAUAGUUUAGUUGAACAGAAUUAAAAAGUUUAUAUUAAUAUAUUAUCGUCACGGCGCCCGUGCAUUUGAGAAUAUUUAUAUAUUUUUUCUAUUAUAUAAAAAUCAAUUAUCGCGUAUUUUUUCGGGGUAUGAUUCUGUAAAAAAAAAAUUAAAUUGCCAUGAGGUAUGGCCAUAUAUUUUUAAACCUGACAACCCAAAAAUUA